AUGAUCGCCGGGCGCGGCACCGCCCCGCAGCAGCCACCUACUCCGGUCACCGACGCCUCACGUGGGCGCGGGCGCGGACGCUGCCGCAGACGCGGCAACAACCAGUCCUCCUCGCCGGCCCCCUCUUCACCACGGCCGCCGCCCAUGCCCGCUCCAGCGCCCGGGGCCAACUCCUGGACCGGUCUCGUCCAGGCCUGGCCAAUGGCCUGGCGCGCCCCCGGCUCUGGUGUCCUCGGGCCGCGGCCUGGCACGCCCCAUCAGCAGGCUAUGAUGGCUGCACCGACCAUGCCCAUGCCUUCUCUGUACGGCUAUGGCGCUCCCGGCGCGCUCCCUGGCUAUGGUCCGCCUGCUGGCUACAGGCACCCCGGGGCGAGCUCGUCGUCCUCGCCGGUUCCUGCCUGGGACAUGGCCUCUCUGCAGGCCGCGCUUCACAGCGCCACCGCCGGGCCGUCGUCUUCCGGCACCUCCCAGGAAUGGUACCUCGACUCUGGGGCCGCGUCACACAUGUCAUCCUCGCCUGGACCUUCGAACCAAGGCGGUGAUCCUCCGAUGUAACUCCGGCGGCGAUCUCUACCCUGUGGGCCGUCCCUCGUCUUCCUCCUCACGGUGGUUUGCUGGCACUGUCACGAUCGAUCUCUGGCACCAGCGACUUGGGCACCCCGGGCGCGCGUCGUCAGCAGCUCUUCCGCUUGAGUUCACCAAGUCCACGCCGCAUGUAUGCCAUGCAUGUCGCGUUGGCAAGCACAUCCGUCUCCCGUUUGAG